AUGAGAAAUAAAAAAAAGAAAGAAAGAAUGAACUUUCAAUUCCCUCCUUUUCUUUCUCCCCCUUAUCUGACAUACAAAACUCUCUUUUCUCCCUUUGCAUCUUACAUUGCACUCUCUUUUUGCCUCUCAUUCUCUUUGUCACAGUUUUGUCUUCAUUGGCUUUCCUCUAGCUUUAAUCUCUCUUUUUCUUCUCUCUCAUUUUUCUUCUUUCUUUUUUUAUUCUUUUUACUCCCCCAUCAACUCUUAUGUUUCUCCCUUCCUUUCGCCACCUCACUCUCAACAAUCUUUUAUUUUCUGACCCCCCCCACCUCCUAUUUCUAUUCUCAUCACUUCUCUUUUCGCUUUCAUAUUCUCUCUUUUCCAUAUUUUCUUCUGCCUCUCUUUCCCUCAAAGCCCUACCACAGAAGUGUUUUUUUUGCCUUCUCUCUCUUCUUUAAACUCUUUCUCCACUUAAGUUCUUCACAGACAUUUUUCUACUCAAACAACACAAAGCAAACUGAUUUAGAAUGUGCACAGAGACUGGAUGCAUUUUUUACCCACCCAAAACUUAUCAUCAUUCAUUUUGUUUCUUUCUUUCUUUCUAGAGAACAUAUUAAAUUUUGUUUCUUUCUUUCCGUAGAUUAUCUUUCAUUUCAUUCCUUUAUUUUGAUCAUCCUUCAUUUCAUUUCAUUCUUUCUAGAGAUCCACUUUCAUUUUGUUUCUUUCCUUCUACUAAUCAUCUGUUCCUUUUUUUCCUGGAGAAACACUGUUACGGCAUGUAUUCAUAUUUACUACUGCAUCUGUUCAUAUCUAUCUCUGCAUCUGUUCUUAACUGUCUUUCUCUGGAUUGUCUUUCAAUUCAUUUCAUUCUUUCUUUCUAGAGAUCGACUUUCAUUUUGUUUCUUUUUUCUUCCCUGGAGAUCCACUGUCACUGUAUCUGUUCAUAUCUAUCUCUGCAUCUGUUCCGGUCUUUCUCUGGAUCGUCUUUCAUUUUGUUUCAUUCUUCCUUUUUUUUCCCCUGGAGAUCCACUGUCACUUAGCAGUAACAAUUUGGGUCUCUCCAUUCUCUUUAAUUCAAUAUUUUCUUUGAUUCUUUUUCAAUGUUUCUUCCUUUCUUGUUCAAUAUUUAUUCUUUCUUUCAUCAAUAUUUAUUUUUUUCUUAUUCAGUAUUUCUUUUUUCUUUCAUCAAUAUUUCUUUCUUUUUCAAUAUUUUUUUCUUUCUUUCAACAAUAUUUAUUUUUUCUUUUUCUAUAUUGCUUUCUUCAUUUUCAAUAUUUUUUCUUUCAUCAGUUAGAUUAUAUGCCUGAAACAUCAAAAAAAUACAAAUAUCUUUGA